UUAAAUGAAAGGAGGCACAUAAAAAACACCUGCAGAGAGAGAGUAAAGACUCCACCCAAGAUUUAUACGCUUUUACUUUUUUAUUAUCUUUUUUUUUUUUUACUUUUUUGUGGUCUCAACCGUUUUGUAACUAUAUAUUCUACCAGCCAUAUUUGUUUUUUGUCACCAAGAUGUUGUUUUUUAUGUGAAAGUUAUUCGGAAAUAUAUAAACACAAACACCAGCCGAAGUUCUGUGACGUAAACAUCGGAAUAAACAUCUAAAUUACAACACAAUUGUUUGUUUGGAGCAGAAAUGCUUACGGCAUGUUGUUCACCGGACGUUUAUCUUUCCUAUUAAACCUGGAUUAGCAGCUGUGGAUGUGUUUGUGACUCGUUAUUACAAUAUUUAUUGUGUUACUUCUUUGCAGACAGAAGAAGAUUCACCAAGUUAGUGAGGUUCUGUUUUAAGUGAUCAGAGAUGUCUCAAAAUGUUGAGAAUGUGAACUACACUGAGGAUCGAGGGGAGCGCAUCAAGAGGGUGGAAGAAAUCUACGAGAGUGCAGAUGCAGUUAGAGAUCAUAAUCCCGAAACUAAGAAGAAGGAUAACAGCAUGAAAACCCCACACACAGGGACACACAAGUUCUUGGACACCCCAGACAUAAUCACAGGACAGACAUGUAAUCUACAGAUGAAGGACACAAAGAGGAAUCAAAUUGUCAGCGAUCCACCUGCCACGCCCCCUUUGGUGGCUCUCUAUGCCUCCUCUCUCCCUAGAGCUCCAGGAGAAGUGCAGAAAGGAAGCAGAUUUUACUCAGUGUCUGUAGUGUGUUUGGUGCUCCUGUGUGUUUUCCUGCUGGUUUCCACCACAGUGCUGUGGAUUAAAUUCAACAUUUUGAAUACAGCAAACAACAACCUGACUGUACAGAGAAACCAGUUACAGACCAGGUGCAAAAACCUGACUACAGAUGAAGACCAGCUAGAGACCAGAUACAACAACCUGAUUGUAGAGAGAGACCAGUUACAGAUCAAUUACAACAACCUGGCUGUACAGAGAGACCAGUUACAGAUCAGUUACAACAAGCUAGCUGUACAGAGAGAGAGGUUAGAGACCAAAUACAACAACCUCACGAUAGAAAAAGACCAGUUAAAGACCAGUUACAACAAUCUGACUGUACAGAGAGACCAGUUACAGACCAGUUACAACACCCUGACUACAGAAAACAAUCAGCUACAGACAAAAUACAAUAAUCUAAAUGUGGAGAGAAACCAGCUGCAAACCAAUAACAGCAAUCUGAUAAACCAAAGGGACCAGUUACAGAAAGAGAGAGACAGACUCCAGAGAAUGUUGACAGAUAUGGAAACAUAUACCAGUCUGGAAUGGAAAUAUUCCAACUGGAGUUUUUACUCCAUCUCUACUGAAAAAAAAGAUUGGAUUAGAAGCAGAAAGGACUGCAUUAACAGAGGAGCAGACCUGGUGAUCAUAAACAGCCCAGAGGAAGAGGAGUUCAUCAUUAAUCAGCUCAACAACAAGGAGGCUUGGAUUGGUCUGAGUGACAUUGAGACACUGCAGGUUUGGAAAUGGGUGGACGGUUCACCACUGACCACUGCGUUCUGGUAUGAAGGGAAACCAGAUAAUAUUAACAAUGAGCGCUGUGUUAAGAUUGAGACUGAUCUACGUGGUAAAAAAUGGAAUAAUGUUCCGUGUUCUUCUACAUUAUCCUGGAUCUGUGAGAAAAAUGUGUUUCUGUAAAGUUAAUUCAGUAUGUGUAAAAUACUGUAUGUAUUGUGAUAAAUUAGCAUUCAGAGCAUCAUGUAGCAAUUCUAAUUAAACCUUUCUAAACCACAUUUACAUUGACAAUCCUGCCAUUUCUUUUAAUGACCAUUCAACAAAAUGUGAAAGAAAAUGUUGUAUGGUCAGCAGGUCAACUCAUCUUAUCUCAUUUGCCCAUAAUGUGUGGGGCAAUGCCAUUAUCUUAUCUUCUUUAAAUUCUGAUAUUGUAUGUUGAACAUUUAUUUUGCUUCAAUUUUAACUACAAGCUGCUAAUGGCUUUGCUUUAAAAAAUUUCUGUGAAUGAAUAAACUAUUGACAAAUAGUUUUUGUUAAUGAAAUAUGU